AAUGAAAUCUUGGUGGACGUACCUGAGGGACUGCUACUCAAAAGCUCGCAAAAAAUGAAAGGUUACGUACGCAGCGGAUCGUGUGCGGAAGCGGGGCAUCCGCAAAAAAGUACAUUUCGUUUCUAUUCAAGGAUGCAAUUUCUAGACGAUGCUGCACAAGAAACCUCUACAACGAGCUCUCUACCACGGAACAUAUGUCGUGACGAAGAUAAUACAAUGAGCCUGAACGAUUCGGAAUCCCAGGUACAUAAUGUGUCUUCUCCUAGAAAUUGUUCCACGCCAGACAUUCCUGAAAGGCCGGAAAAUUUGACCAUAAUUGCAGACCACGAGAAAAAAAGAAGGCAGGAUGACCCCGAUAUGCAGGCACUGCAUAAUAACAUAUUGCAGCAGUUACUUGGUGAAAAUGCACCAAAGAAGGAUGCAGUAGACAGUUUCUUGGAGCAGGUGGGAGAUAUCCUGCGAAUGAGUCCCAGAUGUGCACAGUAAUAAACGGACACAGCAAGCUGAGUGAAACGGACACAGUAACAAACGGACACAGUAAUAAACGGACACAGUAACAAAACGGACACAGUGCGAAACGGACACAGUA